CCGGCGCCAUUGCUGUGUGGGAUAAAUAGUAAUGGCGGAGGCUGCACCUCCCGGAACAACAGCCACAACAUCAGGAGCAGGAGCGGCAGCGGCGGCGGUGGCAGCGGCCUCCCCCACCCCUACCCCGUCCCUCCCCGUCCCUGGGGGCGGGGGAGGCGGCAGCGACGGCUGCGUCGGCGGCUGGACUAAACAGGUCACCUGAAGGUAUUUCGUGCAUGGGGUUUGUAAGGAAGGAGAUAACUGUCGAUACUCACAUGACCUCUCUGACAUUCCAUAUGGUGUAGUGUGCAAGUAUUUUCAGCAAGGGUACUGUAUUUACGGAGGCCGCUGCAGAUAUGAACACAGCAAGCCAUUGAAACAGGAAGAAGCAACUGCUACAGAUCUAACUGCAAAGUCACCCCUUGCUGCUUCCUCGAGUCUCUCAUCAGUAGUUGGACCGAUUGUUGAAAUGAAUAUGGGCGAAGCUGAGUCAAGAAAUUCAAACUUUUCAACUGUAGGAGCGGGUUCAGAAGACUGGGUGAACGCCAUUGAGUUUGUUCCUGGGCAGCCCUACUGUGGCCGUACUGCCCCUUCCUCCACUGAAGCACCCCUGCAGGGCUCAGUGACCAAGGAAGAAUCAGAGAAGGAGAAUACUGCAGUGGAAACAAAGAAGCAGCUCUGCCCCUAUGCUGCAGUGGGAGAGUGCCGAUAUGGGUAGAACUGUGUGUAUCUCCAUGGAGACGCGUGUGAUGUGUGUGGGCUGCAGGUCCUCCAUCCAAUGGAUGCUGCCCAAAGAUCACAACAUAUAAAAUCUUGCAUCGAGGCCCAUGAGAAGGACAUGGAGCUCUCGUUUGCUGUGCAGCGCAGCAAGGACAUGGUGUGUGGGAUCUGCAUGGGGGUGGUCUAUGAAAAAGCCAACCCCAGCGAGCGCCGCUUCGGGAUCCUCUCCAACUGCAACCACACUUACUGUCUCAAGUGUAUUCGCAAGUGGAGGAGUGCUAAGCAAUUUGAGAGCAAGAUCAUAAAGUCCUGCCCAGAAUGCCGGAUCACAUCUAACUUUGUCAUUCCAAGUGAGUACUGGGUGGAGGAGAAAGAAGAGAAGCAGAAACUCAUUCAGAAAUACAAGGAGGCAAUGAGCAACAAGGCGUGCAGGUAUUUUGAUGAAGGACGUGGGAGCUGUCCGUUUGGAGGGAACUGUUUUUACAAGCAUGCGUACCCCGAUGGCCGUAGAGAGGAGCCACAGAGACAGAAAGUGGGAACAGCAAGCAGAUACCGGGCCCAACGAAGGAACCACUUCUGGGAGCUCAUUGAGGAAAGAGAGAACGGCAACCCCUUUGACAACGACGAAGAAGAGGUUGUCACCUUUGAGCUGGGCGAGAUGUUGCUUAUGCUUUUGGCUGCAGGUGGGGACGACGACCUGACGGACUCUGAAGACGAGUGGGACUUGUUUCACGAUGAGCUGGAAGAUUUUUAUGACUUGGAUCUAUAGCAGCUUUGCGGGGUGUGCGAACUGGUCUGCUGAGCCUCAGGCGGCAG